GCACUGCUGAGCGGAACUUGCGGUGUCACUGCUGGGCACCGAUCAUCAGGGCACUGAUCAUCAGUGCCCUGAUGAUCGGUGCCGAUCCCCGCUCUGACAACUGCCGGGCACUGAUGAUCAGUACCCUGAUGAUCAGUGCCACCCACCAGUGCCACCCACCUGUGCCCCCAAGUGUCACCCACAAGUGACCAGCAGUGCCACCCAUCUGUGCCCAGCAAUGCCACCCACCUGUGCCCAUUAGUGUCCAGCAGUGCCACCCACCUGUGCCCA